GAAAACGAAGAAGAAAACCGCAACUAACCUAUCACGGUUGUUCAUUUAUAUGCCUGUUUUUUCAAAAAUUCUACGAAAAUAUUGGCAUCGCACCGCGUUCAGCAAUGUUUACUGCGUAGAUUUGAAGCCGGUAAUAGCCAUGAGUACUUUCGUGGAAAGAGUAAACCCCAUCACCGGCGCAAAAGGUUGGAUAAUGCUGGACGACGACUACGAUUUUCACCAGGAAGUCGCGAGAUCCGCGUUCGCGGAUAUGCUCCACGACACCGAACGCAACGAGGUGUACGAAAAAGCCCUAAAAGCGGCCAUAGAUAAAAUGCACGCGGCAGGUAAAAAGGCCAACGUUCUAGAUAUCGGGACAGGGACAGGUUUGUUGUCGAUGAUGGCGGCCAGGCACAACGCGGAUACUAUUACCGCCUGUGAGGCUUUCAAGCCAAUGAGCGAGUGCGCGAGAAAAAUUAUAAAGUGCAACGGGUUUGAAGGAAAGAUUAUGAUUAUUCCGAAACGCUCUACUGAAUUAACUGUCGGGGAAUCGGGAGAUCUCCAAAGAAAAUGCAAUAUAUUGGUAACUGAAGUGUUUGAUACAGAGCUGAUCGGAGAAGGUGCGCUUUCCACUUUUAGACAUGCUCACUUGCAUCUCCUCGACAAAGAUUGUCUCGUCGUUCCGACAUCUGCCACUAUUUUUGCCCAGGUUGUCGAGUGCCCGGCGGCUCGCGACUGGAACAAACCAAAGGACGUGUUUAACGACGAUCUCGACCUAUUAAUGAAAACGCCCGAGUCGGUCGUGACCUGCGCCGGUUCCGCUGCCGUCCACGACGUGCAGCUCAGCCAAUUGAGCCGUUUCAACGCUAUAACGUCCCCCGAACCGGUGCUGAGAUUCGAUUGGUCCGGUCGGACGCCGUUCGUCUACGACCGUUCCACGAUCACGAGCGCAGUAUCCCAGGCAGACGGUACCGCCCAGAUGGUGUUCAUGUGGUGGGAACUACAAAUGGACGCGGACAAUAGGCACGUUCUAAGCUGCGCCCCCACCUGGGCGCGUCGAGGGCAAGAGAAACCUGCGUGGCGCGACCAUUGGAUGCAAGCAAUAUACUAUUUGCCGCGAGAGGUCGCCGUACGAAAAGGACAGGAAAUCAACUUGAUCAGUUGUCACGACGAGUACUCUCUGUGGUUCAACGUCGCGACCGAUUUAAAAAUAAGCAAUAUUCAUUAUUCGAGACCCGUGUGCGAGUGCGGUCUUCACGUGGCCGCCUCGCGGACACGAAUCGGCCAAAUGAACGAUACGAAGCGCAACAAAAAAUACUUAAAGAUAUUGGAAAAGCACGUCGACUCGUCGAGCGUGGUGCUACUGCUGAGCGACGGCUUCUUCUUGGGUUUGGCGGCUUCGAAACUAGGCGCAAGGAAACUGUAUUGUUACGAAACGAAUAGAAUGCUGCGACCAAUUUGGAGGGAUUAUGUAAAAACCAACCAAAUGGGCAAUGUCGAAAUAUUGGCCGAGGACGACGACCCGGGCCGAAUCGCGUCGGAGGUCACUUUGGUUCUGGGCGAGCCUUAUUUCUCCAGCAGCAUCCUUCCGUGGGACAAUCUCUAUUUUUUGUAUUUGUUAAACAAGUUGAAGGGACGGUUGUCCGGUACCGUGAAAAUUUUUCCGCAAAAAUGUACGAUCAAAGGUGUACCGGUGCGUUUCGAGGACCUGUACAAAAUACGAGCGCCGCUGGGGCUGUGCGAAGGCUUCGACGUGAAACCGUUCGACGAUCUCAUAGAGGAGUCUAGCGGUAAAAGCGACGCCAACGUCGAACCCCAACCCCUGUGGGAAUACCCUUGUGUGGCGUUAGGGCCGGUAGUUGAAAUGGCCUCUAUAGACAUGCACCAUUUGGACCAACGAGAUAUCAAAUCAGUUGGUACCUUCGUCAUUACAGAAAAUGAAGAGUGCAAUGGCAUCGCGUUAUGGGUCGAGUGGCACAUCGAAUCGCCGACCGUUGUAAUUUCGACAGGACCGACUGAAGAGAUCGUAACAGGUCGUAAAAUAACCUGGGACGUGCAUACGAGGCAGGGGGUCAGCUUGUUUCCAAGCAAAACAGCAUCCUCCAUUCCUUACGAACUUAAAUUUAAGUUUGAAGAAGGAGACUUGAGUUUUGUUUUUUCGUGACUGUGAUUACGUGAAAUAAUCAUUAGGUUUUGCAAUAAAA